GGGCAGGAAGCAGUGGUGAUGCUGGCGAGGGUGGGCCUGCCUGUGGAUCGAUAGUCUCACCAUUUCAAAAGCCCCCGUUGGCAACUGCAGGUGUCCCCUGAACCCUGUCAGGUCUCUGUGGGACUUCAGCUUUCAGGAGCUCGCUGCUACUGUGCCCGCAGCUCCAUGGCCACGCGCCUGUUCCUCCUGGCCCUUUUCCUGCUGCUGCCACAACCUGUCCCUGCUCCCUGCUACACUGCCACUCGGUCAGAAUGCAAGAAAAAGCACAAGUUCGUGCCAGGUGCGUGGCUGGCUGGGGAAGGCGUGGACGUGACCACCCUCCGCCGCUCCGGCUCCUUCCCAGUGAACACACAGAGGUUCCUGAGGCCUGACCGCACCUGCACCCUCUGUAAAAAUGCCCUGAUGCAAGAUGCUAUACAGCGCCUACCCCUGACAAUCGCCCACUGGCGGCCUCACGGCUCAGGCUGCAGUCGUAAAGUGACCACAGCCAAGGCCACCUCCACAGAAGGCGUGGCCCGGGAGGCAGCUUCUAACAUCAAUAAUGACUGGCGUGUGGGGCUGGAGGUGAACCCCAAGCCUUCGAUAAACAUGCAAGUGUCCAUGGCUGGCUCCCACUCCAACGCAGCCAACUUUGCAGCCGAGAAGGCCCAUAAGGACAAGUACAACUUCAAUACUGACACAGUAGAGUGUCACCUGUACAGCUUUCGCCUGAUACAAAGACCCCCGCUGCACCCCGAUUUCAGAAAGGCACUCAGGAGCCUUCCCCCCAACUUUAACACCUCCACACAGCCUGCUUACCACAGGCUCAUCUCCUCCUAUGGCACCCACUUUAUUACGGCGUUGGACCUGGGGGGCCGCGUCUCAGUUGUCACGGCCCUGCGUACCUGUGAGCUGAGCCUGAAUGGGCUCACAGCUAAUGAGGUAGCGGACUGCCUGAAUGUGGAGGCCCAGGUCAGCAUCGGCGCCCACCUCAGUGCCUCAAAUGAACUCAAAGCUUGCGAGGAGAAGAAGAAGCAGCACAAAAUGACCACCUCUUUCCACCAGGCCUAUCAUGAGCGUCACAUUGAGGUGGUUGGCGGCCCCCUUGACUCAACACAUGACCUGCUGUUCGGGAACCAAGCUACACCUGAGCAGUUCUCAACCUGGAUAGGCUCACUGUCCAGCAGGCCUGGUCUGGUGGACUACAGCCUGGAGCCCCUGCACAUGCUGCUGGAAGAACUGGACCCGAAGCGCGAGGCACUGAGACGGGCUAUCAGCCAUUAUGUGAUGAGCAGGGCUCGCUGGCGAGACUGUAACCGGCCCUGCAGGCCAGGCCAGCAUAAGAGUGCUCGUGACUCGUGCCAAUGCGUAUGCCACGAUUCGAAGGUCACCAACCAGGACUGCUGUCCACGCCAGAGGGGCUUGGCCCGUCUGGUGGUGACCAAUUUCAAGGCAAAGGGUCUGUGGGGAGACUACUUCACAGCCACUGAUGCCUAUCUGAAGGUCUUCUUUGGUGGCCAAGAGCUUAGGACCAAUACAAUAUGGAAUAAUAACAACCCCGAGUGGGCCGACAAGCUGGACUUUGGGGACGUGCUCCUGGCGACAGGGGGACCCCUGAGGGUACAAGUCUGGGAUGCCGAUCACGGUUGGGAUGAUGACCUUCUUGGUUCUUGUGACAGGUCUCCCAACUCUGGUUUCCAUCAGGUGGAUUGUGGCCUGAACCACGGCAGUAUAAAAUUCUUCUACCAUGCCAAGUGUUUGCCCCAUCUCACGGGAACAACCUGCCUGCAGUAUGCCCCCCAGGGGCUUCUAGGAGAUCCUCCAGGAAACCGAAGUGGGGCUGUAUGGUAAAACUAACAUGCCUGAAAGCUGGGCAGUAGUGGCGUAUGCCUUUAAUUCCAGCACUUGAGAGGUGGAGACAGGCAAAUAGCAUGCCUAACCCUAACCCUAACAACCCUAACCCUAAUCUCGCAGGAAGAUCCACAAUGGCUUAAUAAUGCAGUGGGGAGUACGGCUUGAACCUCUCCCUGAAGUGGCUAAGUUUUACAAUAGAGAUUCCCUAAUUCUCCCUGUCCACACUGCCUCAGCCCUCCAAUACCCCCAAGCCUGGAAGCUACUGCUGCACAGCAUAAACCCUGGCCAGAAGCUGUCUCCACCCAGCUUUAAGACCCUCCCUACUUGACAUAGCAAGAUCAACUGUUAGAGGCAAUCCCAGAGGCCCUGUGUACCUUUUGUCCCUCACUCUGCUCCUGAUGAAUCCUGUGUUGCCAAGCACAUGGCUUGACAGAGGGCCUAUAAAUAUGAUGCGAGGUAAGCAUGCUGGUGGCAUUGUGGCACAGAAGUGGGGAGAGAGGGUGCCCCAGAGACAGACUUCUAUGCAGUUUGAUAAAAUGGGCUGGCAAGUACUGUAAGCAAUCUGUUUUUUGGUUUUGGUUUUGUUUUGUUUUCUAAUUUUGCUGGUAAUGUAGGACCCCAAAAUAUCUUACGCUCUGAGUCAACAAACAGUAGCAUUAACUUGGUAAUAAAUAAUGAUGAGCAUUCA